AUGUCAUCACAAGAUUAUGUUUGCUCCCUAUGUAUUCAAGCUGGAUCGUUCCCCACGUUUCGUAAAUUAUUUCAACAUUUACAGUAUGUUCAUAAUGGUCAGCCUAAUUUUAAAAUUCGAUGUGAACUCGGUACUCUAUGUGGAACGAUAUAUUCAACGUUUAAUGCUUAUAAAACCCAUAUUUAUAGAGAACAUUUAAAUCUUCUUGAUGAGAAUUUAUGUAGGCAGCCAAUUCAACUUGAUACAGAAGCAUGUGACAAUAUAUCAUCGUCAACAUGUGGUGUUCCGUAUUUAGAUUUCGAUAUACAAAUAAAUGAUGCAGAAGAUGAAUUUCAGGAUGAGCAAACAGAACUAGACGAUGAUACUAGUAUUUGUUGGUCACUUUUAAAAGAGGCCAGAAUUCAACUAUCAAAACAAACAAUAGACUUAGAUGCAUUUGAAAGGUUUUAUAUAGAAUUGCUGUUAAAUUUAAGGGAAGGUUAUUCUUUACCGCAAAAUAUAAUUCAAGGAAUUACAUUUGGAUUUCGAUCAUUAAUUGAACUUAUUCAUGAAUUACUAAAAAAUCAAAUAAAGAGUUCACUUAUUCAGUACCAACGAGCAACUAAAUCUCCAUCGACCGAAAAUGUUUUUGCAUUAGAUGAUAUAAAUAAAGUUAUUUUAAGUGUUAUAGUAAUUGUUCGGGAAUGA